UUUGCGUGUUAUGUUCUUUCUUAAAAUAGAACGUUACCAAUCAAUAGCCUCACAAAUAGGCUCUGUAGAACUGUAGAUAGUGUGGGUAUUUAAAAGUCAAAAGAGGCUUAGAAAAUACAUUUAUUUGUGUGCCCUCUUAACACAGUAGUGUUAGUAAGCCAAGAAGAACUUGCCGUAUUUUCUUAAACUACUAGAUCUACAUCUAAGAAUUCUAGACAUCAAAACUUGGUCUGUUUUUAAUGAAAUUUAAUGUUUACCUUUAUGACAUCAGAUGACAUACCAACUAGUGUAAGCAGCAAAACAAAACCAUGGAUUUUGGUUCAGAGUUUGUUCUUGUGGGAGAUGAUGGUGAAGAAGUUGUUGAAGAAGUAGAAGAAGAAGUUGAAGAGGCUCCGCGACCUUUCCAGUACACUUACAAUCCAGGAUAUGAAAUUCACAAUGCAGAGACUUCAGGUUUCGAAUGUGAAAUAAUGGAGUUUGAUGAUGAAGAAGAGCUUACAUUCCCUAAGUCUAAAGAGCAAGCGCCGAAGAAAGUAAUCUCAAAACAGAAAAAAGCUGUGAACACUAACACAGUGUGUUUAAAAAUGACUGCCCUGACUGAGAGCCCAGAAGAAACUCAACUAUUGAAUAAUGCCAUUCGCUGCGACAAUGCCCUGUGUGAGGCUGUUUUCUCACACAUUGACCAAGUAGAUGACGAUAAGACUUGGUGCUGCAAGUUUUGUGGCUUCAAAAACCAGUGGUUGGAAAAUGUGGUGGUCAAGACCCAGGAUGUCCUGUAUGUAGACAAUCUAGGACAAGAACUGAACUUGGAACCACUGACAGAUUAUGCCAUCAUAUUUGUCAUUGACACCUCUGGCAGUAUGGGACGCACUGCUAAAGUGACAAGGCCUAGUCAGAUUCUACAAGAUAUUGUAAAGAAGGAGCUCGAAGAGUACCACAGACAGAUGAGACUGAUACUGGGAGAAGAUGUACCUCAGGCAGCUCAAAGCACCAAUGAAGUUUCUUGGCUGCAGUUACUCAAAGCUGCCAUCAUUUCUAAGAUUCAAGAACUCAAGACAAAUGACCCACAGAGACGUGUUGGACUAAUUACCUUCAGCGACAAAGUGAUGGUUUACAAAGAUGGAAUGAGUGAUCCUGUGCCUCUAGAAGGGGGACAACUUGUUGAUUAUGCAGAGCUUUUAAGAAUGGGUCAUUUGUCAGAAGAUUUGAGACCUAUUUUUGAUUCAGCAGACAGCCUGAUCGAAAAGAUCAAAUCAUUGAAAGAAGAAGGUCAGACUUCCCUUGGGCCAGCUCUUGUGGCUGCGGAAGGCAUGGUGCGUCAUUGUAAAGGGUCAAAGGUUAUCCUCUGCACGGAUGGCGUGGCUAAUAUUGGCAUUGGGAAACUUGAAGACUCAACAGAUCAUGAAAUUAAUAAGUUUUACGACAAUGUGACAAAAAACGGAAAAGUUUGGGGUCUAUCCUUAUCCAUUGUUUCUUUUGAUGACUGUAAGCUGCAAAAGCUGGGCAAAGUUGCAGAUGAAACUGGAGGAAUUGUGGAGAGGGUGAAACCAACCGAGUUAGAUCUACCACUAAAAACUGAACUAAGUCGUCAAACAAUCGCAACUGGGGCAGAGAUUAAGUUUGUUGUUCACAAAAGCAUGUAUAUCAAGGGGAAGGAAGGAGGCAUGCAAGAAAGUAACUACACCUACCACAUAGGAAACAUCAUGCUGGAUAAAAGCAUCCCAUUCAGUUUUGCCUCACGAUCCAGUACUGCCGCUGCUGCUCCUCCUGUGGAAACCAGACCUGUAGCAGCGCCACCUAGUGGAGCUGUAAACUUACAUGACAUCCCCAGCAGUUCUACAAGCUCUUCCGAUACACCAAUCUACUCAGGAUUUUCACAAGGCCAACCAAACAAAUUUGGAACAAUUUUUGAGAGACAAGUCACGUCGGCAGUUGGAAGCACGUCACAGAAUGUAGCAGGUGCGUCCUUUACUAAUGCCAGUAGUCUGACGAUACAAACUGUUGACUGUCCUCACCAUGGCCUCAACACUUUCAUCCAAUUCACACCAUCAAAUGUAACUCAGCAACCACCCGAACAGCACACCGGCUUAAAAAUUAUAGAACUACCACCAGACUAUGAUGCAUCACAAAACAAAGAUCUAAAAUCUUUAACAUUCCCUGAGCCAGAAAGAGAAGAACAAAAACAACCUACUCCCUCUACAUCAGAGAACAUUAAUCCACCACAGCCUACUUCAAACAUUGAAACUAAUGAAGUUGGUUACCCAUUUCAAGUACAGAUUAAUUUCAUAGAUAAAAAUGGUGUGAAAGCUCUUCGAGUGUGGACAAGAAUAAAACCUUUUACCAGCGACCGUUCUGCUGCAGUAGCCAAUAUGAAUUGGAGCACCAUGGUUCUUAAUUUCAUCCAAGAAAAUGCAAAAAAACUAAACUCAUUUAUCGAGCCUUCAUUAAACAUGACUAAACUUAAGACAGAGGCAAAAACACUCAGCAACACAACAGAGGACUUCCUGAAAAAGAAUGAGGUUAAGCAAGAUAUCAACCUAUACAGAAAGCUGGAGGAGUUCUCAGCUUUACUCAGAGAUGUUACUUGUUCAGAUAUAAAGCCAAAGGAGGAGACAAUAGCGCAGUUGAUUAAGCUUCAAAGCAGGAGAGAUGUUGGCUAAAAUGCUAAGGAAAAUGCCAGUGUAUUCAUUAACUUGUUUACACUAUCUUCAAGAUUAAUACAGUUCAUUAUUAAUCAUAAUAUUGAUUAUAAUAUUCAUGACUACUUUUUUUUUAUGGAGUUCAGAAUUUUUGUGUGAUAAAAUCUUAUUGCAAAUUGCUUUAUCCAAUUAAAAUGUAUUACUUUAUUUUAAAUAUGCUGCUUGCAGUAGUUAUUUUACAUUUUAAAACUACAAUACUUUUUUUUUUACAUGUCAAUACUUCUGUUGAGUAAUUUUUUCAUUGUUCUUUGAAAUUGUUCUUGUUUUCUGAUAUUGCAAUACUGAAGAAAAGAAAUCCACUGACAAACUAAACAGUGUCAGUCUCAGCUGUUAUUUUAACACAGGUCGUUACUCUGCAAACCAUUGCCAUAUCCCUGUAUCAUGUUUGUUUCUGUACAUUGAUUGUCAAACCAAAAUUGGUUUUCUAGUACAUUUGAAUAUUGUAAUAUUGUUUUAAGAAAUUAUUUCUCUCAUUUUUAAAAAUUCUCCAAUUAAAAAAAUAACAUCUAUAGAAUUAGAAUCUGACAUAUACAAUAUGAAAAAUAAUUGCUUUUGUAAAUGUUUUCAUUCUUAAGCAAAUACUUUGUUUUAACUCAACAUGUGUCAGUAUUUUUUUCUGUUAAUAAAGUUUCUCUUCAAGUUUCAA